CUCCGUUGUUGCUGGCUGAAGAGCUACACGGGAGGCAUUACAGGAAAGGAGCACAAUGUUCACCCCCGACUCCACUCUGGUGUCGGAGCAGGGCUGGCAAACAACAGCAGGAACAGGAAGCCCCCAGCACGCCAAGAAAUUUAAUAACCAGGACUUCAACCGCCUGCGAGCCUUGUGUCUGAGCCAAGGACUGCUUUUUGAGGAUGCCACCUUCCCCGCUCACAUCAGCUCCAUCGGUCCCAACCUGCUGCCAGAGGUUAAGCUGCGGCGAAUACAAUGGAAGAGGCCAACUGAACUUCAGAGAAAUCCUUUUUUGAUCAUAGACGGAGUUAGCAGGUUCGAUAUCAUGCAAGGAGAAAUAGGUGACUGCUGGAUGCUGGCUGCCCUGGGCUCCCUGACACUGCAGAAGCAAUUUUUGGAAAAUGUUUUGCCAAAGGACCAAGGAUUCCAAGACAAUUAUGCUGGGAUUUUUCAUUUCCGGUUCUGGCAAUGUGGAGAAUGGGUGGAUGUAGUGAUAGAUGACCGGCUGCCGUUCCUAAAUGGAAGAUACCUGUCUGUACACCCUCGAACAUCAAAUGAAUUCUGGCCAUCCUUGCUGGAAAAAGCAUAUGCUAAGUUACGGGGCUCCUACCAGAACCUGCAUGGAGGCUACCUUUCUGAUGCUUUAGUAGACCUCACCGGUGGAGUCCAAGUGCAGUUUUCAUUGAAGGAUCCUCCUUCUGAUCUGGAGGAAAUACUGAAAGCAGCUACCACGUCUCGGUGUCUGAUGGGGUGCAGCACCUCAGGCCAUCUGAGGAGGAACAUAGAGCUGAGGAAUGGGAUUGUGCAGGGUCAUGCCUACACUGUCACAGGAGCUGUGAAGAUACGCUACAAGAAUGGCUGGAAACAUAUCAUCAGGAUCUGGAAUCCAUGGGGCCAUGGGGAGUGGAAGGGGCCUUGGAGUGAUGACUCUCCUCAGUGGGAAAAUGUUGAGCCUCAAGACAGAGAAGCCUACCUCAGAAAUAAGGAUGAUGGAGAAUUUUGGAUGUCCUGUAAAAACUUCCAGGAGCAAUUUUCCUGGCUGUAUGUAUGUAACAGCACCCCAACGUUCCUGGACUUUGGAGACCAGCACUGCACAACAUGGUCUGUGGACAGGCACAUCAACCUGUGGAAUCCAGUCCACAGGAACAACUAUUCCUCAGGUGAAGUUUCAAAAAACCCUCAGUAUUUCUUCAAAGUGCCAGACUACGGUCCCAAAACUUAUAAUGUAGUCAUUUCACUCAUGCGAAAACAUGCUGAUGAUAUGCAAGAUGCAAAAAACCUGAAGAUUGGCUAUUUGAUCACUGGGGAGAACUCCAAAGUUCUGAAACAGAUUUUUUCCCUGACUCGAGACGUGACCAACUACUUUAUCUUGAGCCCAGGAACCUAUGCUGUCAUUCCUGCUACAACAGAGAACCAAGAAUUUGAAUUUCUCCUACGAAUUUUCAUGAAGAAUCAAGACUACAGCGAGAACUCAAACUCCCUACCCAGCCCAGUGCUGCCGAUGGAUGUACCAAGACAGAACCAGGACAGCUCCUAUAAGGCUGUCUUCUCAAGAUACGCUAAGCAGGGCUCAGCUAUUGAUGCCUUGCAGCUGCAACAGCUCCUUAAUGAAGUGAUCCUGCAAGAUGAAAUGACCAGCCUGGGAGGAAAAUUCAGCUUCGAUUCAUGCAGAGGCAUUUUAGCUCUGAUGGAUCUCAACUCGAAUGGACAACUCACCCUGCAGGAGUUUGGGACCCUCUGGCGAAGUCUCAAAAAGUACAUGGAUAUCUUCAUCAAGGAAGACAGAAACCGUUCUGGAUUUCUUGAUGUGUUUGAACUGAAGAACGCGAUGCAGACAGCAGGUCUGACCACCAACGAGCAGCUCCUGCACCUGAUCACCAUGCGGUACGGUGAUACUGCCAGAAGAAUUGGCUUCUCGGACUUCGUGUACUGCAUGCUGCGCCUGGAAACCAUGACCCAUGCAUUUGAAAACCUAGCAGCCGGCAGAUCACAAGUUUUGAUGACGUCAAUAGAGUGGCUGACUCUUGUCAUGUACACCUAAAGAGAUACCAGAGCUCAACGUGGCUGGUGGCUUUCCUGCUCACCAGCAGGACACAGCCCAAGGCCAUCACAUUCAAGAUCCAUCCAUGGGGCUCUUGAAAACCCGAACACUGUGAAGGAGCAAAGCCAGGUUUCUUAUGGACAUUUGCUUCCGCUUGAUGGUCCUCAUGUGUCUGGAUGGAGAGUCCUUUUCAGGCAAACUGGAAUUGGUUGGGAGAGAGAAGAGGAGAUAACGAGACACAUUCAUGGGCAAGCUGGUAGUACUUAAUGGUUGGGGCAAGCUGGAAGUGCCAACUAUGGUCUCCUCUCAUCCUCCUGUACAUUCUGUGGCUGAUUCUCCUGGUCAACACACAGAAGUCAAGACAGCUCCGUUAACUUCACUGCAAGUAAGAACAGAAUCAGGCCUUUUGUGUGGAAGGGAGUGUCUAUCGCUCAGACAACAGGAACAAUUAAGACACAAUUUUUUUAUUUGAAUUAUUUCUUAACUUGCUUGUGUGCCAUUUCUAAAUGCCAGAAAAAGGUUAAAGAAAUUAAUCAUAAUUCAUAAAUAACACCAGGAGCUUUGUGAUUUUUUUUUUUACUUUUAUUAAUAAAAAAAAAAUUAAAAGGAAA